AUGUCAGCUCGCUCAGUAUUCGCUGGUCGGAUGAACCCGACCACAAUGAACGCGCUCAUCAGCCCCCGCUCGCUCCAACCCAGCUCGCAAAUGGCAUCCAAGCUGCUCGUCCGAUCUCAAUCAACGGCCACUCGCCCAUCGACACAGCUAGCCCCCCGGCCUCAGGUUGUCCCUGGUGCGUCAUCGUUCGUGCGCCCGGCCGGUCUACGCAUGCAAUCGACCUCUGCGGCCAAGGAGAAUGUGAAACUCGACUGGGACUCGUUCUUCAAGCUCCGCGCUUCCCGCCGCCGGUACUCUCUCGCGUCGUCAAUCGCGACUUCGCUCGCCUCGACAACCGCCGGCGUGCAAAUCCUAUCUGGGCAGGAUCUGGAGUCACUCGGUGCUCAAGUCAUGGGCCUGGACCCCUUUGUGGUCCUCGGUAUGGCCACGGCCGCUUGUGGUGCUGUUGGCUGGCUCGCUGGCCCGAUGGUUGGAAAUGGCAUCUGGGGAUUGGUUUACCGUCGAUUCAAGCCCUCCGUAGCGAUUAAAGAGAAGGAAUUCUUCGACCGUAUCCGCCAAUACCGCGUCGAUCCCUCCACAAACUCGAUCUCCAACCCGGUUCCAGACUACUAUGGCGAGAAGAUCGGCAGCGUCAAGGGAUACCGAGCGUGGCUGAAGGAUCAGCGGGCUUACAACCGCAAGCGCCGCAACUUCAUCGCCUAA